GAAUACGGGUGGUAAAAGUAUCCGACACGUGGGGGUUGAGAACAGGGCUACCUGCAGUGGUCAGUAGGUCUGUAUACUAUACUGUACUGACUAUACAGUAGUGAGCUGCCCUGUCAGCUUCAUACCUCACCAACUCACCUGGUCACUGAGCAACUGGAAGGAUCAUGUCAGUCUUACGGUUCUACAGGAGGGCAGACGCAGAAGGUGGACGGAGCCUGCAAAGGGUCAAACAGCUUUAUCCACAGAUCACCAUAACCACUGAACUCUGCUACAAUGUGGAAGUGAACGGUUCUGACUGUGUGAGUGGAGAGCAGAAGGAUGUCCUGCGCUGGUUAUUUACUCCACCUCAAUGCUCAGGGCUGUCUGAUGAACCCAGUCUCCGAGCGACGAUACCAGGAGAGAGCCUGGUGGAGAUUGGCCCCAGGCUAAACUUCUCCACUGCGUGGUCCACAAAUGCCGUGUCCAUCUGCCAGAGUGCAGGCCUGAGUCAGGUGACCAGGGUGGAGCUUUCUCGCAGGCAUCUUAUUAAGGAUGAACUGGAUGAGCUGAAGAAAGAUAAUGAGAUGGAGAAGUUAAUCAGUCUCUUGUACGAUAGCAUGACUGAGUGUGUCUACACCAAACCCAUCACAUCUUUCUCUGUGGACGUCCGGCCUCAGGAAGUGUUUGAGGUCGACAUUUUAGGAAAAGGUCGUGCUGCGUUGGAAAGGGCCAACGAUGAUCUUGGACUAGCCUUCGACUCCUGGGAUCUGGACUACUACACAGCAUUGUUCCAGAGGGUGAAGAGAAACCCAACUAGUGUUGAAUGCUUUGACCUGGCUCAGUCCAACAGUGAGCACAGUCGCCACUGGUUCUUCCGAGGCCGGAUGGUGAUUGAUGGCCAGGAGCAGAAGGACACUCUGUUCAGCCUCAUUAUGGGAACCCAGCAGCACAGCAAUCAGAACAACGUCAUCAAGUUCUGUGAUAACAGCAGUGGUAUUAAAGGCAUGGAGCUGGAGUGCAUGUUCCCAUCAGAUCCUGCGCAGGCCAGCUGUUAUAAGACCAGACACACCACCAGACACGUCAUCUUCACUGCAGAAACACACAACUUCCCCACAGGGGUUGCUCCUUUCAGUGGCGCUACCACUGGUACCGGCGGGCGAAUCAGAGAUGUACAGAGUGCAGGUCGAGGUGGACACGUGAUUGCAGGGACUGCUGGGUAUUGCUUUGGCAACCUCCACAUCCCAGGUUUUGCUCUUCCGUGGGAGGAAGGUGAUUGGGAGUACCCUUCCAGCUUUGCCCCUCCUUUGCAGGUGGCUAUUGAGGCCAGUGAUGGAGCUUCAGACUAUGGAAACAAGUUUGGGGAGCCGGUGCUGGCAGGCUUUGCUCGGUCCUUUGGAAUGCGCUUGGCCAAUGGUGAGCGUCGAGAGUGGAUUAAGCCAAUCAUGUUCAGCGGUGGACUGGGAUCCAUUGAGGAGGAGCAUGUGAAGAAAGAGGAGGCGGAGUCAGGUAUGGAGGUGGUGAAAAUUGGUGGACCUGUGUAUAGGAUUGGUGUAGGGGGAGGAGCUGCGUCCUCUGUACAGGUACAAGGUGAUAAUUCCAGCGAUCGUGAUUUGGGUGCAGUACAGAGAGGAGACGCUGAAAUGGAGCAGAAGAUGAAUCGAGCUCUGAGGGCCUGUCUGGAAAGAGCUGCAGGAAACCCUAUCUGCAGUAUCCAUGACCAGGGCGCAGGAGGCAAUGGAAAUGUGUUGAAAGAGCUGAGUGAGCCCGCUGGAGCCGUCAUCUACACCAGCAAAUUUAAAAGAGGUGAUCCAACCCUCAGUGUUUUGGAGUUGUGGGGGGCGGAGUAUCAGGAGAGUAACGCUCUGUUGCUCCGCCCAUCUGACCGGAGUUUUCUAGAAAGGGUGUGUCGGAGAGAGAAAUGCCCUGUUGAUUUUGUGGGCAACAUUACAGGUGAUAGAAAGAUUGUUCUUGUGGAUGAUCUCUCUAACACCGGCAGCGCUGGGAUUGGUGGGCGGAACCCUGUGGAUUUGGAACUUGAUUGGGUUUUGGGAAAGAUGCCUCAGAAGGAGUUCAGGCUGGACCAUGUUCCCUCCUGUCUGCAGCCUCUGUCUCUCCCUCCGGGACUUUCUGUUAUGCCUGUUCUUGAGAGAGUUCUUCGACUGCCUGCUGUGGCCAGCAAACGCUAUCUCACCAACAAGGUGGAUCGCUCUGUGACUGGAUUGGUGGCACAGCAGCAGUGUGUAGGACCUCUCCACACCCCACUGGCUGAUGUGGCUGUGGUCGCUCUAUCACCCUUCAGCCUCCAGGGUUCUGCUACCGCCAUUGGAGAGCAGCCUAUUAAAGGUCUGGUUUCCCCAGCGGUUGGAGCUCGAAUGGCUGUGGGCGAGGCUCUCACCAAUCUGGUGUUUGCACGUGUCACUGAUCUCAAGGAUGUAAAGUGCAGCGGGAACUGGAUGUGGGCGGCGAAGUUGCCAGGUGAAGGGGCAUGUCUUUGGGAGGCGUGUCAGGCUAUGUGCAAGGUCAUGGGUCAGUUGGGCAUCGCUGUAGAUGGGGGAAAGGACUCGCUCAGCAUGGCUGCUCGUGUUGGCGGAGAAACUGUCAAAGCACCAGGUUCUUUGGUCAUCUCUGUGUAUGCUGUGUGUCCUGAUAUCACUGCUACUGUAACACCUGACCUGGAUGACCCAGAAGGCAAAGGUGUGUUGCUGUAUGUUCCUGUGAGUGUUGGUAAAUACAGGCUGGGUGGCUCUGCUCUUGCUCAGUGUUAUGGUCAGCUGGGAGACUGCAGUCCAGAUCUGGAUCAUCCUGACCUUCUCUCAGCCUGCUUCAACACCACCCAGACACUCAUCCAUGAUCGUCUGCUGAGUGCAGGACAUGAUGUCAGCGAUGGAGGUCUCAUUUCCUGUCUGCUGGAGAUGGCCUUUGCAGGAAAUCGUGGGAUAGAUGUUGACUUGCCUUUUGAUGGAGUUGGAGUGAUGGAGGCUUUGUUCUCGGAGGAGUUGGGUCUGGUGUUGGAGGUGUGUGAGAGUGAUGUGGAACGUGUGCGUGAGCGCUACACACACGCCGGGGUGCACUGCUACAAGAUUGGUACCACGUGUGGUUUCGGACCUGACUCUAUGGUCAGGGUAAGCUUGUGCGGACAGGAUGUGCUGUAUGAGUGUCUCCCCACUCUCAGGGCGUUAUGGGAGAGCACAAGCUUCCAGCUGGAACGUCUGCAGGCCAAUCCACUGUGCGUACAGCAGGAAGAGCAGGGGCUAUCCAUCCGCAUGCAGCCUUACCUCAAGCUGGCGUUUGACCCUGCUGAAACACCCAGAGCAAAAGAGCUAGCUGUGGGCAAGCCUCGUGUUGCAGUCAUCCGUGAAGAGGGCAGCAAUGGUGAUCGAGAGAUGUCCGUCUCGCUGUAUAUGGCUGGAUUUGAGGUGUGGGAUAUGACGAUGCAGGACCUGUGCUCUGGCUCCACCACGCUUGACCCUUUCCGAGCUGUUGUGUUUGUGGGUGGUUUUAGUUAUGCUGAUGUGCUGGGAUCAGCCAAAGGCUGGGCAGCUACUGUCACCUUUAACCCCAAAGCCCGGGAGGAGUUUGAGCGUUUCCGGCAUCGUAAUGACACCCUCAGUCUCGGGGUGUGUAACGGCUGUCAGCUCCUGGCUCUGCUGGGUUGGGUGGGUGGAGCUCAGGAUGGAGGCUCGGAGGUGGCCUUGACCCAUAAUAAGUCCGGUCGGUUUGAGUCGCGCUUUGUGAGUGUCGGCGUCCUGCCUUCUCCGGCCAUUAUGCUGAAAGGCAUGGAGGGAUCUGCCCUGGGUGUGUGGGUUGCGCAUGGAGAAGGUCUGAUGCAGUUCUGCUCGCCUGAAGCACAGCAGAAGCUGAUCAGUGCGUCUCUCGCACCCCUGCGCUAUGUAGACGACUCCGGAGCCCCUACCGAGACCUACCCCAUGAAUCCAAAUGGCUCUGCUCUGGGUAUAGCGGGUAUCUGCUCACCUGACGGCCGCCACCUGGCCAUGAUGCCCCACCCAGAGCGCACGGUGCUGGGCUGGCAGUGGGCUUGGGCACCUGGGCCUCUCAGAGCCUCACUGCGGGCCUCACCUUGGCUCCGCAUGUUCCACAACGGUGCCGUGUGGUGUCAGAGCGAUGGGUUGUCAUCAUAGCGGUUAUGAUUAUGGAAAUGUCUACCCGCACUGUUACAUCUGAGAAAGAAUCCUGGUUAUUAGUAUGUUGGAUUGAGGAGUUAGAUUUACAUUUUUUUUUAUUCAAACAUAAUUAACAAACUGAAGAUGGCUGCGCCCUAAGUAAAACACUAGAUUUUUGGCAUUAUUGUAGCUAACCUGUGGCUUUAAAAUUGUGAUAAGGAAUUCCUUUUGCACAAUCGUGAAGGCAAGUCUUCUGUCACUCAUCAGCCAAUCAUAGGCAUCUGUGAGCUCAAGUAUGUGGAAGAUGGUAGACAGCGCUUUCCUCAGAGUGUGUUAUGCUACGCUGUGACACGGCAUGUGUUAGAGGAAGCAUGUGUUAGUCUUCACCCUCUCUGGAUGGUAGUUGAUGUAUAUCAGGGGAGAGCUUGCUGGUGGAUAGAAACUGACAGUUAAUGAAAAUCGUCUGAAAAUUAAUAAUAAAAGGAAAAAACAAAGAUACAAAAGAAAAGAUUUUGAGGCUACUAUGAUGUUUUGUGUUUAUUUGACAGGAGCCAGUCAUAGGGACCAAACUGUGUUAAAUGUACAUGUGAUUUUGAUUGAUUUAAAUCUCUUAUUGUUAUGUCAGUAUGUGAUAUUAUGUCAGUAUUGUAACCUUAUACAGUGUCUCAAAGCAUCUAAUCUUUCCCCUUCCUUCAGUCUGUGGUUCUGGGUCAUUUUUGUGUCAAGUUGUGUAAAUCCAUCCACCAAUGCACAUUUACAGAUGGAGAGUUUAGAUGAUGGCAAUAAUAAGGAGCACAGAAUUAUCUAAACAGCCCUGACACACAACAGUAAUCCUGUUUUAAAGAGACUUAAUGUUCCAAAACUGCUGUAAUCAAGAACGAGUUAGAAAAAAGUAGGGAUGCGAGGAUUUAUGUUUUAUCUAUCUCCCAGUUAUAUACUCCAGUGUCAUGAAAUGGGCAAAAGGACAAUUGUGCAUAUAAUCACAUUAUUCUGAUAAGAAUUAAAGGCUUAUGUUUGUGUGUGUGUGUGUGUGUGUGUGUGUGUGUGUGUGUGUGUGUGAUGUUCACCAUCUUUUAAAUAUUCACCAGUCUGUUAAUGGAAAAGAAUGAAAGUAGAAAAAUACUUUAUUAUAUUACAUCAGAAGUGUAUCAGUGAGGAAAAGGAAAAUUAUGAACAGCUAUUAAUAAACCAAUAAAUGAAAGCAUAUCACACACAAGAUCCACACUAAGCGUAUGCUGUGUGUAAACUAUUCAGUCAUAUGCUGUUAAGCGUCACUCAGUCUUUCCUCAUG